CGGUUAUUCACUGAACACACACUACAUACAGUCUUUUUUUUUUCCUUCUGCCGCUUACUACUGCAAGAAGUAGCGUCUGUCGUGACACACUUUCGAUACUUCUUCAUAAUAGAACGCGUUUAUCGAUAAGGAUUUUUUUUAUCGAUACUGGAACGAUAUCCAGUAUCGAAUGUGUUGUGGAUAAUGCAUUCAAAAUAAGUGAAUUUAGUGUGGAUUUUUUUGAAUUUUGGAUAUUUUUUUAAAAAAAAAGGAAAAUGUUACAACCCAGGAGGUGGACUGCGGUCUUUUUGGCAUUAUUUUUAAUUGUGGAAAGCGUUCAAGGUCUAGAUUAUAUAAACACGUCGCCCAGAAAAAGAAGAGAAAAUGAUAAAGAUAUCACCACCGUUCUCCUAGUGGACAACCAUGGAAAAAAUUCCCUUGGGAGAUAUUUAAGCGUUAAACCUGACUUAGGACUUAUAACAUCGACUGCGCGUACAUUUAUACAAGAUGGCGUGACCACUGAAUACGCCACUCAAGUGGUCGGUACGACACUCGAUAAUGGACGACUGUACGCUCACUUACUCACAAAGACUAGUCGGGUGGUGUAUGAUCACGACUCGCAAACUAAAUCUUACGACCCGUCGAGUAAAAAACAAUGGAACUUGGACGAAAAUUUGAUUGUAAAUAAAAAUUUCAUUAGAAACACUGACAAUCCUCAAGCUUUCCAAGUAUUCCCUACAGCUACUGUAGAUUAUUUUGCUACAUCCGCACCUUCGUCCUUACCUCAAAAUAAUUUUGAAAUCCUUAAUGAAGCCCAAUCGAACAAUAGACUCUCUUUGGAUAAAAAAGUAGUUAAAGUCAAUGCCCAAAAAGACUUCACGCACGAAAAUCUAAUCAUCCACAACGAUAAUCCUGCAGAACUGAAUUUCAAACCAUCAAAAGUAAAAGAAUGGGAUAAUUUACCAACAUUUACAGUAAGAAAUGAAUUUUCUCCAUCAGGAUUCUCAUAUUUUGGUGACGAUUUCGACUCAAGAACUGAAAGGUCCAAGUCAACAACCCAAGCAGAUCGUAAAGCCAGACUUCUGUUUAAAGCUGGCCUCAUUAAACCCAACCCUAAAGACUUAGAAACAGUUACUUAUACUGGUUUUGCUGACUUUAGAACCACAGUAGCUAACACUGUAAUUGUUUUUACUCCACAUACAGCAGCUGAAAUAGCUAUGAACGCAGCUCAAAUAACUAAAAUUGCUGUCGAACCUACUAUAAAACCUACUGUAGUCCAAAAUAUACCUUUAGCCACUAAACAAGAAAAACCAACAACAGAUAGACAAUACCCAACAUUUAUAACUACAGAAGAAAUUCCUACCACAACACCUCUUAAUGAAGAUUUAGAAGAAUUAUUCAAUACAUCAGGCCCUAAUACAAUGGUUAUUAGCAAAGAAGACAGAGAUGGCAAAAAACAAACUCCAGACAUUCCAGUUGAUCUUGCAGCUAAAUUUGCAGUACUUGCCAAAGAGCAAAAGCCAGACAAACAAACUCUGUUGUUUACCCCAGAUGUAAUUCAACCUUCUGAAAUUCAGCCAGUAAUGCUCUCAACACCAAGUGAUGAAGAUAUAGCUAAAAUUUUAGCUUCACUACAAGCCCAAGCCAUCGCUACUCAACCUUUGGAAAGCGCCAAAAAACCUGCUACAGUUUUCUUCGAAGAUGAACCUAAAGAAGAAAUUACUACACAAGCUGUCAAAACAACUGGAGGUGCCACAACCAUUUUCUUUGAAGAUGAUGAUUUUUCAUUUGAACCUACUUUGAAAGUUGACACUACACCAUCUAAAGCUGUUUUAGAAAUUACAACAGAAGAGCAACCAAUAUUGACAACGACACCUAAACCAGAAACAACUACUCCGGAACAAGAAGAAACCACCACUGAAGAAAUUCUUACAACUACAACUGAUGCCCCAACUACACCGCCAGUAGCUCAAAAUGAAAUCGAUACUGAAAAACCUUCUACCGACAAUGAAAAUAUCGAACCAGAAUGCACUGAAGGCCACAAAAUCGUACCUACAAUCGCUUACAAAACUUUAACUUACCUAACAACUUUCUAUAUUCCUUUGGAAGAAUCUACUAGUACUUCCGUAAAAUCUAACGUAGUUGUCUCAAGCCAAAAAUCAUUACAAACUAUUGCAUGCGACAUAAAAGCUAGUAAUGUAGUUGAAACCACUACAGAACCUAGUAUAGCCCCUGCAACAGAGCCUUUGCCAACCACUACAGAGCAAAUAACCACAACUGACAAAGAAGAAACUCUGACAACCACAUUAGAAAACAAAACUGAUGAAGAAGAAACAACCACUAGUCAAGAUACAACUUUGCCUCAAGAAAUCACCACUGAAACUCGUCACGUUACCGAGUCCGAGCCAGAAACUACUGAAGCUACAACUGAAGAAGGCGAUGAAGUAGAACUACUAUUCAAAACCCUUUACACUACAUACACCUACUUGACAACCUAUUUCCAAGACUCCACUAGCUCUGUUGCUAGCCGAAUUGUAGUCACUACAAAUGUAAUUACAUCCACAUUGGAUCCUGGUAGCGAUGCUACAGAUCCUGCUGUUGAGGGUCUAUUUGACGACGAAGAAAACAUUGUACCUUCAAGAACAGUAUCAUUUGAGGAUUUAGCUGACAUUCAACAAACAACAACCCCAUCUUUGAAAAAUGAAGAUAGUGAAAAUCAAGAAGUAGCAACCCCAGGUUUGGAUGAUAAACAUACAGCUAAUGGCAUUAAGACUUUCUACACAACUUACACAUAUUUCACCACAAUUUUCGUUGAUGGUGAGACCGAAAUUUCAAGCAGAACCGAAGUUUAUACUAACUACGUCACACCCACUGCAGUAACUGAUGCCUCAGAUAUAUUACAAACAAAACUUCCAGUUGCAAUCAAUACCCCAGAAGAAGAACUAAUUUUGCAAAACCGCUUGAGAAAUAUCAAAUUUGGUAACAACCAUAACAGUAUCGAUAAACCUGGCAAAGAUGAUGAAGAUAACGACCUAAUCCCAUCAAAAAUCCACAACAAAGAUGGUUAUGUAACUUUAAACCUAUGGAAAGAAGCAUUGAUCAAACUGUUGUGCCAUCUACAGUUGGUGAAGAUGAAUUAACAACCUACUACACUACGUACACUUACUAUACAACUUCAUAUGUUGGCGAUGAAACUGUCUUGAAUAGUAGACUUGAAACUGUAACAAAUGUCCUCAAUAACAGCGCCCCAAUGAAUUCGACUGACGUAAAGAACGCAGACGGUAUCAAACCUACAGGCUUAUUGUCAACAAUGGUUAGAACACUUGAGAACAAUGGCACAGCAACGUUAUUCUCAACCGAUGUUUACGGUACUUACAUCGAUGGCCUAUAUGCUCAAGUACAUGAAAGUACUUCUUCAAUACUCACCAAAAACAUUACCCCUUCAUCAGUGGAAGCGGCAAAGCUAAAACCAACCGGAGUUGUUAGUAUUAAUCAAGGCAAAAUUGUCGAUGCUGACCAAGUCAGUACCUUAUUAUACACAACUCAAGCUAUAGGUACUUACGUAGACAAUCUUUACGCACAAGUAAUUGAAAGCACUAGUUCUUUGGUAGUGGACAAAGAAAGAAAGGCAGCUCUAGCCACCAAUUCCCCAGUAGCUCACCGUACUGGUUUAGUAAGGCUUAUUGAAGGCAAAAUAGUUCAAAACCAAACAACUACUUUGUACGAAUCCAAAGUUCUAGGUACUGUAAUCGAUGGCAGAUACGCCCAAAUAAUUGAAAGUACUUCAAGCUUUAUUUUGCCUUCUAUUAGUCCAAGUGCUGUCGGUAAUGAAAUAGUACCAACUGCAACAAAAGCCCUUGGUGAUGGUGCUGGGGCUAGUAUUAUAGCACCAACUCCAGUUGUUUUGGAAGGUUCCUUAACCGAUUCAGCCGGUAGCGAAGAAACUAGUACUGAAUCCAGUGAUGAAGACAACGAAGAAGACGAAAAUGGACGUAAUAAAUCUGGAUUAAACUUCCAAUCUAAAAAACGCACUUUCACUCCAGCAAUUAGGCCAUUUGUUUCCAGGCAACGACCUACAUUUGCUCCUAAACGUAAUAAGCCAGGAGCUACUGCAGCAGCCACAAUAACCAGAUUAGAUUUCACUCCUACAGUUACUGCGAUACCUGCAUCAAAAGCCAACAGGUUUGGCGGUAGACGUAGUUCAAGCUCCAACCAAGUAAUACAGCCUACAGCGUCUGGAAGUAGACGAUUCUCCAGGCCUAAAGCUACGACUUCAAGUAGACGAAGCAGCAUUGGCCAAGUUAAGGCUACAUCUAGUGGUUUUAGACGAGCUGGAGCUUCGAGAAGUUCUUCAUUGGGCAACAACAAUAACUUAAGGUCUAGUUCAUUGUUUGGUGGAAAUUCCAGAUUUAGAAUCAGACCUACGGCUGCAGCAGGCCUAAGCCGCUCACCAAGCUCUAAAAUUGUAACUGAAACCCCACCUGAUGGUGAAAACGAUUUGGCGGCUACUAAUAUAACUGACGACCCUUCAACUGAUAGUUCUGGUGAAGCCGGUGAGACUACAUUGCCACUGCAAAGCACCACUGAAACUUCUAGACGCACCAAUCCUUUAUUGAGAUUUAGAAGACCUCCAGUAAAUAGAACUAGUCCUGCUGCUAGAACUACAGCUAAACCUAGGACUAACAAUAAAGCUACUACAACAACUGCAAAACCGAAAACAACUCCUGGAAGACCCAGUGCUUUAUUGAACAGACAACGGGCAGGUGGAUUAUUCCCAAGAAGAAACUUAUUCACAACCACCACAACGCAAGCUCCAGAAGAAGAGGAAGAGAACGAAGAAGACUUAGAAGAAGAAGCUGGUGAGAAUGAAGACGACGAGGACACUGAUUAUGAAAGCUCGUUGCAACAUACCCAAACCGAAGCAGCUCCUACAACUCCAAGUCCCGCCAGACAAAUAAAUGGAAUCCAAAUAAGGCCGUUCAAAAGACGUUCAAAACGUCAAGCGACUUAUUCGAGAUUUAGACGACCUACUGGAAGAUCCACUACGACUGCAGCUCCUAUAGAGGAAUAUGAAUAUGUAGACCAGCCUACAUCGGCUAGAACUUCACCUUUCCGAAAUAGAUAUCAAAGCAACAGAUAUAGAGCGCCAACCGCAAGUACAAGUGCCCCAACAACAAGAAAACGAAUUUCGCCUACAAAGCCUCAAAUAAGAACCCAGUUUACUUUGAGAGAAAAAGAUAGCGCAUCGAAUAGUAGAGCUAGCAAUAAUUUUAAGCCUAGAAGUUCUAAUGUACGAAGGACUACUACAACAACUCCAAGAAUAAAUAAUAGAAGAAGUGGGUAUUUAACUGAAAGCUCUGCGAGGAGACCUACAGCUAGUUCUAGAGCAACCAAUGCUAGAUCCAGAGGCAGAACUUCAAGUAGAAGAACCUACGAUCAAAAUUUAGAUGAUAAUUAUAUUUCUCCUAAAUUUGAUGGUACCAUUACAGUGACGUAUCAAAUACCAACUGAAGCAACUAUACCUGUGGUUAAUGGAAAAAUGACUGAAUAUAAGAAUAUUGUGACAGCAAAGCUCAGUACUGAAGUAUUGAAUCCCAAUCAAUAUUCUUCUACGAUAAACAAUUUUGGCAAAGAAGUUAAAGUACUGCUAACAGAAAAUACUUCAGUCAAUAAUAAUGGGGCUACUUUGGUAACACAAUUUUUAAUCAACGAAUCUCCUACAACAGCAGUAGUAUUCACUCCUACAACAAUUAGAGGCCGCAAAACAUCAUUUUCCCACGUAGUACCCAGUACUGUAUACCAAGUAGAGGAAGUUGUGAACACAAUACAACCAGCUUUAGCUGCACAAGCUCCUUUAGCUAACAUACUUUUAUCUCAGCUAUUAUUAGGAGGUGGAGUGCCUACAAAUCCUUUAUUAGCUUUACAACAAAACCCUGGAGCGCCUGCUACACCAACUACAGAAUUCAAGAUACGCACCACCUCAUAUGUGACUACUGUUACCAAUACUCUACAAACCGUAAUACCUUUGACGUUUAGAGGCAAAGAAAUUUUGACUACUAUCAGUGAAGUUAGCACUGAAGUGGUAACAGCUACAGAAUUUUUAACAGAUACCCUCGUAAUUACACCUACAAUACCAGCUUAUGGACAAGCACCUCAAUUCAACACUCUAUUAUUGCCUUUAUUGCAACAACAGCUACAGCAACAACAGCAAGCGAAUCAACUACUACAGUCACAAGGAUUGUUAGGUCAAAAUUUGCAGCCUCAAACUCCUGCUAAUGUAGAGUCUCAAGAACAAUUGUUCAGUGAUGAAUACAAUUUAGCUUUAGACGAUGAGGCAAUUUCUAGUGAAGAAACUACUACUGUAGCUCCUAAAAGGAAGUCUUCGAAAAAGAAUAAAAAGAAAAUUGCUAAGGUGGAACCACCCAAAGAAACUAGUGUGAUUACUUUGUAUGUUUCUGGCAGAACUCCUGGAGAUUUUACUACAUUAUUGUCUACAGUAACUUUAGGAGAAAAUGAACGAAGGAAGAGGGAUGUAGAGUAUAUUCCUGUGCAGCCUUCAAAGACUUUUGAAGAUUUUAUCAUUAAUACGGAUCAAUAUGUACAGCCAGCUACUAAAGAUAUUAACGAAGAAGCUUCGACACAAGAGACUGAAAGCCUUGAGAGUAUCAUUGGUGAUGUUCCUAAGUACUUAAACACAAAAACUCCCAUUGAAGAAGCUACUAAGGCUACCAAAAAAUAUACCAUUAAAUACGUAAAGGCUUCCGAUGCCAAACUGUAUAAAAAAGUCAAAUCCAACGAUGAUUUUUUAGUCUAAGUGACCUUAGCAGUAAUCUUGCCCCUGAGAAUGCCAAGGUCGAAACGUCUACACUAGAACCUAGGGGCCUUUUCGGUGAGAAAAACGAGAUCAAAAUUAAAACAAACAAAAUUUUUAACGUUUCGAAAUGCAUUGGCAAAAUUAAUAACCCUUUUGUAAAUAUUAGUGUUUUAAGUGUAGAUAAUUUAUUUAGAAAUAGAAGAGACUUAGAUAGUGUAAGUGAUAAUGGUAGUGAUAGUAUACAAAAAAGACGUAGAGUUAUUAAAAAGCUUAUACGUAGACAACCUGUGAAGGCAUCAUCAAAUGUAACUGAUAAUAAUAGUACAAGAAAAAGACGUAGGAAAAUUAAAAUUAAAAAGAAGAAACGUCUUUUAACUCCACCAAUAAUACAAGAAACAAUAAAUACAAACUAUUUAAAUGGGUUAGAAGCUCACGGCCAGGAAGCUACGAAACCCAGAAGAAAAAUCGUAAUCACUAGAAAACGAAUCUUGCCAAAUAAAAGUAAAACUGACACAAGCGAACCUAUAGAAGCUACAGCAACAACUGAAAAAGCUGAUAGCAGUAAGAUGUUAGUGGAGCAUAGCUAUUACGACAUUCAAAUUGAGAAAAGUGAAAUUGCUAAACACUUUCGAGAAAAUGUUGAUAAAAGCAGAUCAGGAAAAAAAUUAAAUUUAAAUUUAUUUGCACCAGUAGAUAAUGAAAAUGAAGACAGGACUGAGGAGAAUUUGAUUGAAGAUGAAGAAUCUACCGAAUCAAUAGAUAAUGAUGAUGAUGAUGAAGAGCUUUAUGAUGAAGAUGAGUUUGAUGAUGAUGAUGAAGAAUACGAUGAUGAUUUUGAAGAGGAAGACGAAAAUGAAUAUGAUGAAUAUGGAGAGGAAGAUGAAACGGAAGCAAAUACAACUGAAAUGACUGAUGCAGGUAAAGAAGAGUCAAACAUAAACAAUGAAACAAUUCCUACUCCUACUUCCUUACCUGAUUAUGAACCUUUCUUCCCUGAACUGUCCGAGUCAACAGAUGUUCCAGUACUCCUUCUGAAAACCACCAUAGUUUCAAAUAUAGAACUUGAAACCAAAGUAAUCACCACUACUCGUUUACGUACGUACACUUAUGUAGUAACCAGAGUGGCUGGUAAUGAAGAAAUUAUAACUUCUACUACGGAGGUUAAGCCUCAGAUCAAAACAACGACGGUUGUUGAAAGUGCAACACUUUACUCGACUUUAACGUUACUCGAUUUGGACAAUAUGGACAAGACUGAUGUACAGCCGACCUUUAUUCCAACUUUGGAUUAUAAUCCUUCUUCUCUGUCGAAUUCUAACUUGGAAGAUAAUCCAGAUGUUAGAGAAGAACCAAGAAAUUUAGCUACAAGAGUUAUGUCCAAUGGGGUCGAGGUCAUUGUGGCAGGAGACAAAACAACAUAUCCGGGUGAUAAGGACUUUAGAAAGGCAGUGCCAAGUAUUCAAAAAGCUGUAACCUUAAAACCAAGUACUUUGUCCGAUCACAUGUUACUUAUGUUGCCGCAAGAGGAAACUGUUGAUCCUUCAACACCUUUGGAUCCCAACCAGUUUGUAGUUAAAACUUGCUUGACUACGUUUACAUAUUUGACUACGUAUUUGGAAAAGGGUCUCACGACGGUAUCCAGUCAUGAACAAGUGGUUUCCAAUGUGGCUACAGAAGAGCGAAUAAAUACUGGAAAAAUUUUACCCACUCCUGCUAUGGGAAUUACAUUGACACAGUACCCUGCUCUAUCAGUUAGAGUCUUCCACACCACCUACACUUACCUGAACACCAUAUUAGAUGGUGAGCAACCAUUGGUAAUCUCCUCCAAACAUGUUGUCGCCAACACUGUAACGGCUCUUGAUGAUCACUUGGCGACUUCACCGCAACCUUCCAUUGCUAAGGCUGCCGUCAAGGAUACCAACACCUACUUCAGUACCAUUAAUUUGGAAAAAACUCUCUACGAAGAUGGCCAUGAAAGCGUUAUAAGUACUCGAGAAGUGGUAACGCAAGUGGUCAUAACCGAAAGUAUUCCUCUAAGAGAUAGUCCUGUAAUGACAUCCUAUAUAGCACUGGAUAUGAUGCAAGACAAUAAAAAUACUUCAAAAGAUCCACCAAAAACCACCGAUGUUACUAAAACAUAUUUUGUAACUUAUACUUAUUUCAAUACAGUUUUAGAUAAUGGAGUUCCGAAAGUUUACACAAAUGUUUCCACUGAAAGCGACGUGGUAGUUGAAAAAGUACUUUUGCAAACCAAAAAGCCUAUAAUUGACGAGAAAAAGAAGAAAAACACCAAAAACGAUGACCAUAAAUUUGACAUCCUUGCCACACGAGUGUAUUUCACUACUUUUACUUACUUCACAACUCUUCUAAAAGAAAAUGACCCACAAAAGAGCACCAUUAUCAACUCACGCACUAAAGUAGUACAAAAUGUCGUUACAGAAACAUUGGAACCCAACUUAUUUGACUCAAAAUACUUAGAAUCUUUAUCCGAUGAAUUAAAAGGUGGUUCAGAUAGAAUCCAGAAACUUGCCACUCUGGGCGAUGGCCAACAAAUUGAAAUAACUGUUCGAGCAAAUGAAAAGCACAACGAAAUUGAACCUACUAAAACGUUGCCUAUUCAAAAAACUGAAAUGCCACUUAUUGAGGCAAGUAUCGAUGAAAAACUAAACCUCGAAGACAGUUUUACAUCUUCAAAACCAAAUAAUAUCAUUACUGGUUCGACUAUUGUUUUCGUAGAUGAUGAUCCUUUCGCCAAUUUAGAACCAACUCCUGAUUUAGCUUCAACAACUGCUGUCAAAAACAACUUAGAAUCACUUUUAUCCUCUGAAGUUGUCAAAAAAACCAGAGUAGAUAUAGUGACAAGUAAAGUUAAAAAAGUAGGAAAUAAAAAGAGCAAGGAUAAAGUGAAUCCUAGUAAAGCGGCUCCAGCAAUUUCCACUAGUGCCGCCAAAAAAUCUGAUAAAACAAAAAAGCAAAAUCAUCCAGCUAAAAUCAGCAGUACCAAGCAGCCAGUAACUCCAGCAGCUGAUUUGCUGGGACUCGGUUCUAUUAACAUAAAACAAGUUUUGACGCCAGUACUUAGUGCGAUGGCAGGCUACAUUAACAAAAAUUUAAAGUCAACUAGAAGAAAUGACGCUAAUAGUACCAAUGAGCAACUUAUUGAAAAGAAAAAAGACUCGUCAACAGUACCACCUGCAGUUGACACCCAAAACCGAUCUCCAGUUUAUAUUCCAGUAAGAGGAAUGAACGGGGAAGAUUUUGAAAUAGCAGAAAGUCAAAAUAUUGCUUCGUUUGAUUGGAGUGAAUCUCAGGAAGCAUCUUUAUUGGGCCACAAUGGUAUUCCCAUAAGCCCUGGUGAUAUAAUAACAGCAAAUUCGGACGUCAUUGUUGGCAAACCUGGACGAGUUGGUCCAAGACUACCAUCCGCUAUACCUUUACACCACGAGACUAAUGAAGUGCCUUUUGGCAUGAAACCGCCUCCAUUACUAGAAAAGCCAAGCAACUGGAAAAAUAGACAGCAAAUAGCUGUUUUAGGAGACCAGGUUUCUGCACAAACCAAUAUUAUUCACGCUCCUAAUAAGGAUGAUUAUGUUGGCCCACCACCUCCACUCAAGGAAAAGUUUAGAGGUGAAAAGAGGAAGCAUAUACCUCUAGCUCCUCACAGUAAACUAGUACAACACGAGUAUAAUAAUUAUGUUGUGGGAAGCCAAUAUGCUCCACAAUAUUCUGGCGAGCAGCCUCCACCUUAUCAAGUGAACGCAAACAAUGCUCCUGUAAAAAUCGAGCAGAACUUGCAAGAAACCAUUCACAAAAACUACCAAAUAGAGUCUCAAAAACAAAACUAUCCUCCUAUUUAUGCUUCGGAGCAACAAGUGCCUAUAGUGCUUCCAGAAGUUAUUGAACGCAGCACUGGACAGCCUUUGCUGGUUCAACUACAGCCAUCUCAAGUAGCCUUCGUGAAUAUACCUUUCAAUCGAACGACAGCCUUAAUUUACGGAGGGUCAACUGAAACCCAUCAUAAUGGCCAAUACUUUGACGACCCAAGCCCGUAUCCAGAACCUGAAUUUAAUCCGAUAGAAAGUUUUAAAAAUGGAGCGCCCCAAUUUGCUUCUGUGUACCAAGAUACUCCUCAACUGAAUGUGAAUAAUGUAAAUACGCAGCAAGUGUCGGGAGUAAUUAAAGUAGGCACACAAGUGAGUCAUGCUAUUAAAGUGGAACCCGACACUAGUGCCAAUGAAAAGGUUCCUGUUGAGAUAAAUCCUUCACGGCCUGUACACAAUCAACAAAUUCAAAACGACUUGGUACAAUUUGGCAAUGCUCAAAUUAACAUACAACCGCCUCCAUUGUCUUUCGGACAAGGCAGUGUCGAGAAUGUUCAAGUUAACACCAACGAUAAGCAGUUCCAAAACGACCUAGUUAACUUUGGUAAUGCUCAAAUCAAUGUUAAACCGCCUGCAAUAAUGUCUUUUGGCCAGGGAAAUAGUAAUCAUCAAAGUCAAGUGAUCAUACAGCCACCUAAGCUUAUGACGUUUGACCAGGAAAAUGUGCAUCAGGCAAAUGGUAACCAGCACCAACACCACCAUAAUGACCAGGUACAGUUUGGAGGUCACGUGAACGUAGCGCCACCUAAAUUGAUAGCUUUUGGCCAGGAAAAUCGUAACAAGCAUCAGCAAAAUCAACAGAUAAACUUCGGUAAUCCUCAAGUAAACAUACAGAACGAAAAUAUAUACCAGACAAAUGGUAACAAGCACCAGCAGGUCCAAAACGACCAGUUACCUGUUGGUAAUGCUCAAAUUAAUACGCAUUUGCCUUUUGGACAUGGAAAUAAUAAACCAACAAACCUUAACAGUCAUCAUUUCGGAAAUGCUCAAGUGAACUUUGGACAAGAAAAUAAUAAUAAUCCAAAUGCUCACAAUCAGCAACACAUCAUCCAACCACCCCCAUUAUCUUUCGGUAUGGUUGAAGAGCACGGAGACGUCAAUGCCCACAUUAUCAACCAUGAAGGCGGUAAUGUGGUCGUACAGCUUCCAAACAUUCCAUUGACAGUUUACAAUAAUACUAGACCAAAUUACGUUCCGCUUCAACCGACUUAUCAGCACAAAGAACCAAUGAGAAACAUUGCCGCUCAUCAAACUCAAAAUGAAUUGUCGCAAGAAAUGAGACCUCCUCAGCCAGUUUAUUUGGAAGAGCCUAAACCAAAACCCAAUACACCUCAAAGGCCAAAGAAACCCAAGUAUCCGUAUCCGCCCAAAAGAAACUUAUUGAGGCCCAGACCUAGGCCUCAAUUGGAACUUUCUGAAUUUAUGACACCUCCGCCUCCAGUAAAUAAGCCUAAUAAGAGACCUCCAUUCAGACAUGGAUAUGUUCCAAAUAAGGAACGAGUACCUAUACCAUUGAUGCCUGAGCAGCAACACAAUAAUAUUAACAGAUUCGCUUCGGCUCAAAAUCCUCAACGUCCAUUAACAAGCUUAGAACCAAAUUCCGAUGAAAUAUUCCCGUCGCACUUUGAUUCACAAAAAGUAUCCAACACUAACCAUCAACGUCCAGAUGCUGGUCCAAACUUUAACAAAUAUCAUCAAGAUAAUUUUUAUAAACAAACUGAAAAUGACGACCUCUAUUCUGGAGAUGAACAUUUAGAAGACGAUUUACCAAACGAGGAUGGCGAAGUUGUGCAAGAAUCAAAUUCAAGACCAAGUAAAGUUCCAAUAGAAGUUUUGCAACGUACAACUGAAAGAGCUCCGGAUAUGGUCAGGUUCCCUGAUAGAUCCGAAAAUGGCACACCUGUAAGGUUCCCCUAUAGACAACCUCCUAGUUCUGAAUAUUAUCAACCCACAACUUCACAAAGAACAACAACAACUGAACAAGAAAUCAGAAUUCGUUUACAAGAAUCACAAACUGAAGAGAAUAAUUUGUUGGAUGUUAGUAGGAGGCCAUCAACUACCACAACUGAAAAACCCAAACCAACUAUUGCUGUUACCUCUCAAAAACCUGUUUUAAUAUUUAUUGAUGAACAUGGACAACAAAGUAACUUCCUCAACAGAAAACCUACGAGAAACAAUCGGCCUAAAGUAACUUCAUUACCUAUUGACACUCAGACAUCAACUUCUACAACUCCAAAAAUAGAAAACCAUCAUCAUCAAUCACAAACAGAAAAACCUUUCGACAGCUCUAAAUAUCCAUCAAAACAACCUACUAACGAAGUUAAUAUAGCCGAGCCUUCCACGGCUCAAUCUACAACUAUUAAUCCAGCAAUUUUACUAAAUAGUGAAGCAUAUGCUAAUAUAACUCAACAAAUCAAUAGCAUGGAAGUUUUGCAACCGCCACCUCUUGUUGACGAUGUCCUAAAAGUACCAAGCGUUUCAAUGGAACCACCAAGGAUAGACGUAAACUCUCCUGGAAAGGAUAUUGUAAGAGUGCCACACAUAGAUACUUUGUCUGAAGAAAUGGUACCACCAUCUCCUGAAACUACUCGUGCAACAACCGAGAUUGUUUUAGGCAUGAAUCCGCCCCCAUUAGUUUCAACUCACAAGCCCAUUUUAUCUAUGGAAGUUGAUAUUCCUUCAUCUACAACCAAAAAAUAUGAACGGCCAAGAUUGCCACCCCUUCGAAGACAGCCUGGAUAUAGACGUACAACUACAUCAACAACUACUCCUACAACUCCUUAUCAAGGCUACUUUAGAACAAGAACUACUGCUUCAAGGCCAAUUAUACAUAAGCGUCCAGAAAAUAACACUUCGAUAACACCAACGCCUACAAUCAAAAGUACUCCUUCUAUGGAGGUUAUUGUUGGUCAACCUCAAGAUCAGGCUAGUGCUUCAUCCGAAGUAACUACGAAAUCUACUCCAGAAUUAAUUAUCACAAUACCACAAGACCUAAACGAUAUUAUUACUAAACCAAUUCAUCAUGGUGGUAAUGAGGUUAAAAUUAUUGAUGAAGCGAUUAAGCCAUCUAUUAGCAGCAAAUCUCCGAUAUUGCCUACAAGAUAUAUUACUCACACUAAAACCCAUACAGUCACUAUAACGAAGACUACUGUAGUGAAAACUUUGGGAGGCCCUCCGAGUACAUUAACAAUAUUGGUGACCAAAACAGAAAAAAGCUAUAUUGUGGACACGGUAACAGAGUUCCAUACUUUAGUGAGACCUACAAAUAUUGUAGAAACUGUUACCACCACUAUUGAAAAUUCGCUAUAUCCGGCAGUGCAAGUGAGACCAAGUGCUGUUGUACCAAGCAUCAAGCCUAGUGACAUUAUUAGUUCCACAGGAGGUUUUGAUUUAAGUAGUGAUGAUGAUGAGGAUUCUUUGGAAGACUUUAUUAUUAAGGAUAGUGACAGUGAUGCUAUAAGUCCGCAGGAAAACUACGACAGCAAUGAAUCAAUAUUCGUAGUCAUGACAGACAAAAACAAAGGCACCAUAAUCAAAAUGCCCCCUCAAACUUCCGACAAAGACAAAACAACUGCGGCUCCAACUGAUCAAUCUUAUGACACUCCACACAGAGACGAAAUAACAGAAAACGAAGUGGACAAUGCUCUUUUAGCAGGUAUCCUUAUAGCCAACCAACCACUUGAUGCUACAGACAGUGAUAAGAGGAAUAAGGACAGAUGUAGUCCGGAGUGUAAACCUAGCAGAAAUGAAUUGUGCCAGAAAGUUGAGGGAGUGAUGAGGUGUGUUUGCAGGCCUGGAUUUGCUAGGAUGUUCCCCGAUAGACCAUGUAAUCCUACAUACACUUACAGUAUGAACAUAACUAUAGACAAGUUUGGAAAGACUCCUGCCAGAUAUUCAGACAAGCUUGCGAUGGAAAACACAACAGAGUUCAUCCAAAUGGCCAGAAAAGUCCACGAAGCCCUGGAUCGCAUGGUUAUGCAAUCUGACUUGAGGGAUGUGUACCAUGGAGUCCAUGUGACUUCAUUUUAUCCAGCUAGCAAUGGAGUGGUUAGUGGUUUCUAUCUUCAGCUAUCCGAUAACAUCGAUGAAAUCCGCAUGGAAGACAUAUUCAAAAAAUACCUGAGAAAUAACAAUUAUUCUUUGGGCGGUACUGACGUAAUAGCUUCGCAACAGACCCUCGCAAAUCUUAGGGCUCAAGAUUUCAACGAAUGUGAAAACCCUAAGUUGCACGACUGUUCCGAAAAUGCUCAGUGCUUCAAUUUGCGCGGAACUUAUACUUGUUCUUGCAAGGAAGGAUAUUCUGAUUUGAGUGAAAAUAUGCUCUAUCCAGGUAGAAUUUGUAGUGCAGAACAAGUGGGUUGUGAGAAAUGCAAUUAUCAUGGUACUUGUUACACUCGAGGUUCCGAGGAGUUACUUUGCGAAUGCUUCCAUUGGUACGCUGGCGAAAACUGUCAAGUUAAUCUCAAAGUUCUCUUGAUAGCUUUGGUAACUCUUGGUACAAUCCUGUUUGCCCUACUUCUAGUCUGCAUUAUUCUCACGUGCGUUAGAAAGAAGCCCAAAAAGUCCGGAGGAGCUAUCGGAUUCCUACCUCAAAGAGUUGGUGGUGUGGGUUCCAACAGAAACCUUGAUAGAAGAGCGAUGAUUGAAGAUACCAGCUCGGAGGAUAGCCGCAGCGAAACCAAUUCGGUACCUCCUUACGUGCAACAGAAACAACAGCCUAAACUGAAACCUCCUCCACCUAAAGGGGCUUUGAAGAAGGUUUCCAAAGUGUCAAUGACCAGUGUAGAACAUUCUGAGCCAGGAAUAAUAUUCCCAGAACAAAAAGACAGGUCUUUGACAGUGAUGAUUCCUAGAGCCAAAUACCAUCCAGCUCCACCAACGUCACCCAUGAUGAAUUAUACAACAUUUGACGCAAGGAAGCCUAGCAUACCAUCAGUGACAAAUGAAGCUAAACUUUUAAGCUAUUUAGAUGCUGGACCUAGUCCUUCAAGGGCUGAUUCAAAGAGGAAGUAUAGUAAUGCCUUAAGCGAACAGUUUAUUGAAGAAAAACCAAGCUCUAGGAAAACUUCUGGAGCUUUGAUUUCGGCCGGAUUUGAAGUUUCAGCAACAGUAGGAACUUUAGGAACUACUUGCGGCACUGAGGCUGAUAGAAGCGAAAAUGCGACACUAAUUCAAAAAAUUAGUGCCGACUUGCUUUCAAGAGCCGACACUUCGUCCCAGUUUAAUACUCUUAGGAAAUCUUCUCUAGUAGACGACGAUUUGGAAUCAAACAGUAAUUGGAUGGAUAUUCCUAGAAUAAGCACUGUUUCUGAGUCUAGAUCUUACGACGAAACGACCAUACCUCCGCCAAUGAAGUCAUUUACUAGAAGCGAAUACGAUACAAAGUCAUUAACGCACCAAAACGAUGAGGCCAAUACAAUGGCUGAACGCGAUUUGGGAUCAACAUUUUUGCUACCCCAUACGCAUCUGUACAAACCAGACAGGGGGUCUGAUAUAUCAGGUUUCGAGUCCCUUUAGCAUCAUCAGAAGCUCAAAAAAAACGCGUGAAGCGAUUGUUUAUGUGCCUUAUUUAUUUUUAUUUUAGUUACAUUGAAUGAAUGUUAUGGAGUGAGCUCGAAAAAAUGGAUACUUUAUUAUUGAUAAGACAAAUUUAUUGGCCAUAAUUUAUUUAAAUCACUGUGUAAAUAAUUUAUUUUAUUUUUUUUCUUAUAAAUUUAAACCAUUUUUUUGUUUAUGAAUGUAUGUAGGUGUUUUUAGUCUACAGGUUGUUACAAAAUCUGAAAUAGAUUAGCCAUUAUUUUUGGAGCACCCUGUAUAUGUAUGCUUGGAAUAAUAUGUGAUAGAAAUUGUGUGACUGCCUUGUAAUUUAACAUAAUUAUUUUUUUAUUUUAUAUUUAUAAACAAUGGAGAAUUUACAUAUUAUAUAUAAUGUAUUUUGUAUAUUUUUGUGCAGCAUACUUACAAAGUCGAGAGCAAAAAUAUAUUUUAAUAAUUAAUUAGUGCCAAAAGACUAGACAGGAUUUUCAUAUUAAAUAUUUUUAGUUAAACAACCGUACUAAUGUGUCUAUUGAAUUUACAAAUAAAUUUAUGUUAUCUUA